AUGUCGCGAAAUCAAGGUUAUUUUCGAACAUCAACCGGAUCGUUCUUCAUUGAGCCGAUUGAAGACUAUGUUGACGAGAAUAGAAACAUUCUCCAUCUGCUCUAUCGAAGUCCAAGAAUAGACGAUAAAGGUGACAGUGAAAAGUGCGAUCUGACAAAUUCCCCUGCUAUUGAACUUCAUUCUUCCACUUUAAGCAUCUAA